GUUGGUAAGCCUUCAAAAACCCUCAACGUGCUUGGCUACUUUUGUCUCUCUCCCAGUCGUGAGCUAUCGUUGUGGGUAUUUGUUGUCCUGUCCUCCUCUUCCUCAGUCUGUAGGCUCUUGCUGGCUUGGUAAAGGCGUCACCAGCUGUAUUAAAGAAGAACUUUACACUAUGGCGUUAAACCUCAUCAUCAACACAAGCAAUCCGCCUCUCGGGGCUCUUCUGGCAGCAGAGCAUGUGAAGAGCAGUGUGCCAGUGUCGGUGGAAGAAGGCAAAGACAACCGCCUUCAUGUCUCCGAUGCGAUCGAGUUCAAUGAUGCCAACUCUAUCAGUCGUUACUUGGCUCGAGUGGCUCCAGCUCUUGGCCUUUAUGGAGCCAACAUGAUGGAGCAGACUGAGGUCGAUCACUGGUUGGAGUUCAGCGCUCGUCAUCUGUGUGGUCAGCCUGGUUUGACUGAGGCACUGGGUAAUUUGGAUAAGGUCCUUUCCCUGCGAACUUUCCUGGUCGGACAUGCGGUCACCCUAGCUGACCUCUCUGUCUGGGCCGCCUUGAAAGGUCAUGAGGAAUGGUCCAGCCAGGGAAAAUCCUUCACCCACAUCAAUCGCUGGUUCUCUUUCCUGAGCUCACAGGUUGCCUUUUCCACUGUUAGCAACAAGUACACUGCUAAGAAACCAUCAGCAAACAGAUCCAGUUCAAGUGAGAAGAAGCAGGAUGUUGGAAAGUUUGUUGAUUUGCCAGGAGCUGAGGUGGGCAAGGUGGUGGUUCGAUUCCCUCCUGAGGCGAGCGGAUACCUGCAUAUUGGUCAUGCCAAGGCUGCUCUGCUCAACCAGCACUACCAGCUCACAUUCAAGGGCAAGCUCAUCAUGCGUUUCGACGACACCAACCCAGAUAAGGAAAAGGAGGACUUUGAGAAGGUGAUCCUGGAAGAUGUUUCCAUGCUUCAGAUUCAUCCUGACCAAUUUACCUACACAAGCGACCAUUUCCCCAAAAUCAUGGUAUUUGCUGAGCAGCUGCUAACUGAGGGCAAGGCCUACAUCGACAACACACCGCCUGAACAGAUGAAGCAGGAGAGGGAGCAGCGCGUUGAUUCGAAAUGCAGAGAUAACACAUUGGAGCAGAACAUGAAGAUGUGGUCCGAGAUGAAAGCUGGAACAGAGUAUGGUCAGACUUGUUGCAUGAGGGCCAAGAUUGACAUGAAGUCCAACAAUGGCUGCCUGAGAGACCCCACCCUGUACCGCUGCAAGAACCAGAGCCACCCCCGCACCGGAAAGAACUACAAUGUCUACCCAACAUACGACUUUGCCUGCCCCAUUGUGGACAGCUUGGAGGGUGUGACCCAUGCUCUCAGGACCACCGAGUACCACGACCGCGACGAGCAGUUCUACUGGAUAAUCGAUGCACUGCGCCUCAGGAAACCCUACAUCUGGGAAUAUGCCAGACUCAACCUCAAUAACACGGUGCUUUCCAAGAGGAAGCUCACCUGGUUUGUCGAUCAGGGAUACGUUGAUGGAUGGGAUGACCCUCGCUUCCCCACUGUUAGAGGAGUCCUGAGGAGAGGAAUGACUGUGGAGGGUCUGAAACAGUUCAUAGCAGCCCAGGGAGGAUCGCGGUCUGUGGUGAACAUGGAGUGGGACAAGAUCUGGGCUUUUAAUAAGAAGGUCAUUGAUCCAGUUGCGCCCAGAUACACGGCUCUGUCUGCCUCCUAUUCUGUUCCUGUAUCUAUCCCUGAGGCUGUAGAGGAAAUGAAACAAGUAGCCAAGCACCCCAAGAACACUGAAGUGGGCAUGAAGGAUGUGUGGUAUGGACCACGAGUUUUUAUUGAAGGUGCAGAUGCUGAGACUUUGUCUGAGGGCGAGUUGGUCACCUUCAUCAACUGGGGCAACCUCAUCAUCACCAAGAUCAACAAAGGGGCUGACGGUAAGGUCGUUUCCAUGGCGGCUCGUCUCAACCUGGACAAUAAGGACUUUAAGAAGACAACAAAGAUCACGUGGCUUGCCGAAACUAACAGUGCCCCGCUCCUGCACACCAUUUGCAUCAACUACCAGCCUCUCAUCUCUAAAGCUGUCAUCACCAAAGAUGAUGACUUUAAAGAAUUCAUCAAUAAAAACAGCAAGUUGGAGGAGAAGAUGCUGGGAGAUCCCUGCCUGAAGAACCUGAAGAAAGGUGACGUCAUUCAGCUUCAGAGACGAGGCUUCUACAUCUGUGACCAGCCCUAUGAGCCUGUCAGUCCCAACAGCUGUAAGGAGAGUCCCUGUGUCCUUCUCUACAUCCCUGAUGGGCACACCAAGGAAAUGCCGACUGCUGGGUCCAAGGACAAGGAUAAGAGCAAGAACCAGACCACUAGCAACACAACUGCCACUCCCACAAAGACUGCAUCAACUGCUGCCGCAGUGCCUGCCUCCACUUCAGCCAGUGACCUGUUCUCCAGCAUUGUAGCUCAGGGUGAAGCUGUCCGCCAGCUGAAGACUGCCAAAGCCCAGAAAGAUGAAGUGGGCAAAGCAGUUCAGCUACUUCUUUCUCUGAAGACUCAGUUUAAGGAGAAGACGGGUAUGGACUACAAGCCAGGCAUGGCCCCUCCUGCCUCAGCUCCUCCUGCACACACAAGUUCAGUCAACACCAGUACCUGUCUUUUCACCCGUGUUGCUCAGCAGGGUGACCUGGUCAGGAAACUGAAGGCAGAGCAGGCACCAAAGGACCAUAUUGAUGUAGCAGUGAAGACGCUCCUCGGUCUAAAGGCAGAGUUUAAGAAACUGACCGGUCAGGAUUACAAACCAGGGAUGACCCCAACCACCGUCGCCUCCCAUACUACGUCCCCUGCCACCAACUCUUCCUCUUCUUCGGCCAUUUAUGAGCGUGUUGCACAACAAGGGGAAGUCGUGAGGAAAUUAAAGUCUGAGAAAGCUCCCAAGGACCAGGUGGAUGAAGCAGUGAAACAGCUGCUUGCUGUGAAGGCAGAGUACAAACAGCUCACAGGUCAGGACUACAAGCCUGGAGUUGCUCCAGUCCAGAAAACCGCCACCCCUGUUCCAGCCCAGAAAACUGCCCCUGCUGCUCCAGUCCAGAGCAGCCCCACCUCUGCCCCUGCUGCCACCAACCUCUAUGAGAAGGUUGCAGAACAGGGAGAGGUGGUGAGGAAGCUGAAGACUGGAAAAGCCCCUAAGGAUCAGGUAGACGUUGCAGUGAAGGAGCUUUUGGCUCUAAAGGCAGAGUACAAACAGCAGACCGGACAGGAUUACAAACCAGGUCUACAAGCCCCAGCUAGCCCCGCCCCCACCCAAUCCAGCACCCCAACAACCCAGUCCAGUUCUCCUCCACAGGCCCAGGAGCUGUUCUCCCAGGUGGCCCAGCAGGGGGAGCUGGUGAGAAAGUUGAAGUCUGAGAAGGCUCCUAAGGAUAAGGUGGAUGAAGCAAUCAAGACUCUGCUGGACCUGAAGAGCAAAUACAAGACUCUUACUGGAGAGGACUACAAACCAGUGGCUGCUGCUGGAGCUACUGGGGGAGAGGACAAAAACCGCAAGGAAAAGGAAAACAAGUCUGAGAAACAGGGAGGAGGAGCAGGAGGAGGCAAGAAGGGUAAAGGAGAGAAGGGUGGUCAGGGCAAGGAGUCAUCAGGAGCAGCAGGAGGCUCAGGAGAUGGGCAGGGAUCCAAGAAACAAACACGUUUGGGUUUGGAGGCCAAGAAAGAGGAGAACUUGGCUGACUGGUACUCUCAGGUCAUCACUAAAGCAGAGAUGAUUGAGUAUUAUGAUGUUAGCGGCUGCUAUGUGCUGCGGCCCUGGGCCUUCUCCAUCUGGGAGUCCAUUAAGGAUUUCUUUGACCGGGAAAUAAAGAAACUGGGUGUGGAGAAUUGCUACUUCCCCAUGUUCGUUUCUCAGGCUGCCCUUGAGAAGGAAAAGUCUCACAUCGCAGACUUUGCCCCAGAGGUUGCCUGGGUAACUCGGUCAGGAAAAACCGAGCUAGCAGAGCCCAUUGCUGUCAGACCCACCAGUGAGACAGCGAUGUACCCAGCUUAUGCCAAAUGGGUCCAGUCCCACAGAGACCUGCCAAUCAAACUCAACCAGUGGUGUAACGUUGUGAGGUGGGAGUUCAAACACCCCCAGCCCUUCCUGAGGACACGUGAGUUCCUGUGGCAGGAGGGACAUUCAGCAUUUGCCACCAAAGAGGAGGCAGCUGAAGAGGUUCUUCAGAUCCUGGAACUGUACGCCAGGGUAUAUGAAGAGCUGAUGGCGAUACCCGUGGUAAAAGGGAGGAAGACGGAGAAGGAGAAGUUUGCCGGUGGAGACUACACCACCACCGUGGAGGCAUUCAUCUCUGCCAGUGGCCGAGCCAUUCAGGGUGCUACAUCUCACCAUCUUGGCCAGAACUUCUCUAAGAUGUUUGAGAUCGUAUUUGAAGAUCCCAAGAGGCCGGGCGAGAAGGAGUACGCUUACCAAAACUCAUGGGGACUCACAACCAGGACCAUCGGUGUCCUCGCCAUGGUCCACGGAGACAACAUGGGACUUGUACUUCCUCCCAGGGUCGCCUGCCUACAGGUUGUCAUAAUCCCAUGUGGAAUCACAGCCUCCCUACCAGAGGAGGAGAAGGCAGCGCUGUUGGCUAAGUGCUCUAAAUACCUGAGCAGGCUGCAGGAGGCUGGCAUCAGGGUGAAGUGUGACCUCAGAGAGAACUAUUCCCCAGGAUGGAAGUUCAACCACUGGGAGCUCAAGGGAGUUCCAAUUCGUGUGGAAGUAGGCCCUAAAGACAUGAAGCAGUGUCAGUGCGUUGCAGUGCGAAGAGACACAGGCGCAAAAAUGACCGUUCCAGAGGCAGAGGUGGAGACGAAGUUGGCCACCAUGUUGGAGGACAUUCAGAGCUUCCUGUUCAACAAAGCUUCAGAUGAUCUGCAGAAACACAUGGUGGCUGCAGACUCGAUGGAAGACUUCCAGAAAGAAUUGGACCAGGGCAAAGUUGUUCAGAUCCCAUUCUGUGGAGAAAUUCCCUGUGAGGAUUCCAUCAAGAAAAUCACGACAAAGGACCAGGACCUGGAGCCUGGAGCUCCAUCCAUGGGAGCCAAGAGCCUCUGUAUCCCCUUCUCUCCCCUGAAGAAGCUGCAACCUGAUCAGGUGUGCGCCAACUGCAAGAAGCCUGCCCAGUUUUACACCAUGUUUGGACGCAGCUACUAAAAAAAAAAACAGCUCUGAUCUUUAAUAAAGGGGGAUGAACAUCA